AUUAUCAAGCUACUUUUGCAUUGCUAAUAGGGUUUGUAAAUUUUAUGCUGCAUAGGGUUGUAUAUACCGAACCUGACUCGAAACCGUAAUCCUUAUGAAAUUUGAAAUUCGAAAGUGAUCAGAAAAUUACUUGAAAAUUGACAGAUUAAUCCGAAAUUAGAAUUUUGUUUCUAAAAAUUUAGAUCAUCAAUUUAUUCAAUAUUAAGUGAUUUUAACUUCACUCAAAGUAGACCCACGCCGACACGAACACGACAUGUUGUCACUUCUGAUGAUGCAUGAAUUUUGUUAUAUUUACUUUACAAACACACACUAGACAUUACUCUAUGUAAUUUGCCCUAAUUUUAUGCCGUAUGUGUAUUUUUGUGAUUGAUUGUAUAUGUGGAGAACACCGUUUAUCUUCUUCUUGCAGGGAAAGUGUGAUGAUGAGUCAAAAGAGGUUUCGAAGAAUUUCAAUCAUGAGGAAUUGUACAAUGGGUGGUCUUUACGAAGCCACAUAUAGAGGAGUUGUGAGAGUGACUGUUGUUGAUUUCGAUCAACAGACUAAGAUUCAGGGAAAUGGCCGUUUUGUCAUAUGCAAAAAGAAACGAGUUUCUGUACUCUUGAAAUGUGCCCACAUCUUAGGUGAUUCCGAGUUUCUUCUGAUUUCAAAACUUUCAAGGCUGAGGUAUGGCAUAUUAAUAAAGGCAUGGAUUUAUGUGUGUUGAUAGUCAAAGAUUAUUUGGGUUCGAAUGUCGUGCAUUUGAAGACAUGGUGUGAUAAAAUUAACUUCAUGGAGGAUGUAUAUAGCAUAUCAUGUCCACGGUAUAAAAUGAAUGUUGAAAAAUCCGUUCUUAGUAGGAAUUCAUCCUAGGAACUUAGAUGGGAUAUUCCUUCAAAUCAAAUGCAUGGAAACAAUUGGGGGAGAGUUCUUCCGGUGCUCCAAUUUUGAGCAUGAAAGGGAACACAAUUGGAAUGUACGUUGUGUCAACUUCUGACUCUGAUUCUUUGAAUGUUAAGCAUUGGGCUUUACGAUUGAAUUUGGUUAGGGACUGUCUGGAGAAGAUUUUUGAGGUGCCAGCGGUAAAAACUGGAAGGGAAGGCAUAGCUUGAAAGUUGGAAAACAUGUUAUGGAGUUGCUUGAAAGACAUAAAAGCUAAGAGAAGGGCAAGAAUUAGGGGGAAGGUAAGCAACAAGAAACUAUCUCAUAUUAUUUUUAGGCUGCUGAUGUGAAUUUCAGAGUAUCGCCCAUAGGAUGGUUAAGAAUAGACAUGCAAGCAUCGACUGAGAACAAUCUAUGAUGGAAUCCAUACUCCAGAGGAGCUCUGCAGAGCAGCAAAGUGGUUCUGCUACUGGGGAAGAUUCUUUAAACCAGCCAGUCAAGAAAGUGAGGGGUCUGGUAUGUGUUUCUUCCACUUUUCUCUUGGUAUAUAAUUUUUCUCUUGGUUAAGAAAGUAUAAUUUAGUCAAUUUAAGAUUAUUAUAAGUGUAAGAUCUAUGUCAGCUCUGUUGAAUUUGCAGACUCGGGUUUUCAGCAGCUGGUCAGUUUAAUUUAUCAAUCACAAGACUUUGUGCUAAAAUAUUUAGUGUAUUUUGUUCACUUAUAGAAUGAAGUGGAAGAAUAGUAUUAGAAUAGUUAUAUAUGAAAACAUGUUAUAUAUUUAAAGUAAUGUAAUAUGUGAAUAUGUUAUCUGUUCAAAACAGAAUUUUUGAAUAUAUUUUAUUAUUUUUGGUCAAUAAUCCUUUAAUUGUGUAAUUAUUGCCAUUAUAUUCUUCUCUUCUGAACAGUUUGAAUUUCCUGCCUCUCUGUUUUCAUCAAAUCAUUUUAAAAUAAAUACUUUCAUCUUAUAUUUUUCGUACAUCUAAUCAUCAUGGAUCAAAAUUAUUUAUUUAAAAUCUAUUCAUCUUAUAUUCUCUACUACAGUUUAUCAUAACAUAUCAUAAUCAUUUCUUUAAAAUCAUUUGGUCUUAUUUUUUUUCGUAUAUUAUUCUUCAUGAAAGAGUUGUAUUCGAUUAAAAUUUUAAUAGAUUUUAACUGAAUAUAAAAUAACAAAAAAAAAAGAUUUAACAUCGACAUAAGACACAUAAGAAAAGAUAUUGUCGUGGAUAAACAUAUACUUACCUCCCUUACUCAUUUUUAUAUAGUUUUUUUUUGCAUUGCUCGACUUCGAUAAACUACAGUUCUAUUACUUAAUUUUUUUAAAAUUUCUCUUGGCUGAACUUUCUUGUACUCUUCAAUCAGAAUCUCUAUCCAUGCAUUCUUUGGUGUAAUAUUACUAAGCACUAUCUAAUUGCUUAUCAAUAACAGAAAAUGAUAGAAAAUGAUGAAGGAUAGUUGUGAUGAUAGAUACAUAACCAGAGAGCAACAGAUCAUCCACCAUAUGUGUUGAUCAAGACAGGCACUACCAUAAGCAUAUCUUGAUGAGGAUCUCAAGUGACUAUACUAUCCAGAAUAGAGACCGAGACUUGACACAACUAAUUUGGUGUUCAAAUUUUGUCUAAAUCUCGAAUAGAGCAUCAAGACCUACAAAGCAGUCUAGACUCUAGAGACCCUUUAGCUCUUGAUCCUAAUAGGAAAACAUAUACUUGGUCUAAUUUGCACUCGAUUUUUGUCUGCCAUCUUGGUGAUAUAAUCUAUAAGGCGAACAAAGGCAUGACUUUCGAUGAAAGAUUAUGUUUUAUUGGUUUGUUUUUUAAUAGCUAGAUUUGCGUAAAAAAUCAAGAUAUCUUGGCACAUUACAGUUCAGACCACAAUUUCUUUAGUGAAGACACUGCAGUACUGCACUGCUGUGGCACAUUACAGUUCAGAUUCAGAAGCCCAUUUUACGAAAUGAUUCACUUGAUAAUCUAUUGAUUCUCAGGACCACCUGUCCACUUUGAUGAAAUAAGUGUACCUUGAUCAUUUGUUUCAGUCAGUUGCUAAAUUGCUAUGCAUCAUUAUAGAUCACUAACUUCAGUCAGUUAUUUCAUUUUACAAGAUAUGUUUUCAGUGCAAGUGUGCAGCUCCCACUUAAUUUCACCCCAGAGUCAAGUGGAGUAGCAUCAAACAUGAAAAUGUCGAUAUUGGCCCGGAUUUUCAAGAAAAAAGGAGCCAUAUCCAACUUUUCCAAGAGGUUUGCAGUGCUGAGAUGCUCCAGUCUUCCCACCAAAAAACAAUACUUAAGCGUAGGAUGGACCGGGAAUCCAUUACUCUAUCGUGGAGACGUGGACCAAUUAUAAGAGUAGUGAUGAUUUUGAUAUCAAUGGGAUGGAUAUCUGUUUGGCUUCUUAAGCCAACACAGCUCUGGACAAGGAAAUGGAAAGCAGCUGAAAAGUGUGCGUCAACAACAGUUUUCGGAUAUAAUGGUCUUGAUUUUGCUGUCUACACAUUCCCUCUUAUCCUUGUGGCUAUAUUGGGACUCGUUUAUAUAAAACUGAAACCAGAUGAAGCAAGAAACAGGCGGGGGAAAAGUUCAACCUCAGCGCUUUCAAAUCCGCUUAUUGUUAACAGUUAUGUAGGUGUUUUAACUGGCAUAGAAAUCCUAGCCAUUCUCCUGUUUUUCCUCUUUCUGGCAUGGACUUUCUAUGCUCAUAUCUCUACUGAUUUUAAGAAGAUGACGCCAAAUAAGUUAUUUAAACUGAAUAAAUGGCAAUUUAAGCUUUUUAGGAUGGCAACACGAAGUGGUUUGCUGGCAGAAGCGUGCUUAGCUCUCCUACUUUUGCCUAUCUUGAGGGGAUUGACAAUUACUAGGCUGCUUGGUAUCCACUUUGAAGCAAGUGUAAGAUACCAUAUCUGGCUUGCGACUUCAAUGAUAGUUUUUGCUGCACUUCAUGGUGGAGGCACUUUAUUCAUCUGGGGCGAGAAAAAACAUAUUUCAGAUGAGAUAUGGAAGUGGCAGAAAAAAGGGAGAAUAUACCUUGCUGGAGAGAUUGCUUUUGUUACAGCACUUGUAAUCUGGAUAACAUCACUUCCGCAAGUGAGAAGAAGGCGAUUUGAAAUAUUCUACUACACACAUCAUCUAUACAUAGUCUUUUUAAUAUUCUUCUUGUUUCAUACUGGUGACCGCCACUUCUAUAUGGUUUUUCCUGGUGUUUUCCUCUUUGGCAUAGACAAGCUACUUAGGAUGAUGCAGUCGAGACCAAUAAGUUGCAUCCUCUCUGCUAAAGUCUUCCCAAGCAAAGCGGUAGAGCUCAUUCUCCCCAAAGAUCCAAGGCUGAAGUAUACUCCUACAAGUAUAAUAUUCAUGAAAAUACCAAUCAUAUCCAAGUUUCAAUGGCACCCCUUCAGCAUAACUUCUAGCUCCAAGGUCGAUGAUAGCACCAUGUCUGUAAUAAUCAAAUGUGAGGGAUGGUGGACAAACUCUCUCUAUAACAUAAUAUGUGCUCAGCUCGACUUAGAUGCUAAUAUUAAACCGUGCAUUCCUGUUGCAAUUGAAGGGCCUUAUGGACCUCCAUCACCAAACUUUUUAAGAUAUGAUAGUAUGCUCCUGAUCGCGGGUGGCAUUGGAAUAACACCAUUUCUGAGCAUGUUGCAGGGUAUUGCUUCAAUUCAGAAUAGUGGGAGCAACAAAUUCCCUUCCAGAGUAAAACUUAUUUACGUCAUCAAGAAGUGCCAAGAUAUUUGCUUAUUAACUCCAGUAUGCCCGCUACUCAUGGAACAAAAUAUUGAUCAGCUGCACUUAAAUCUAGAAGUAUUUGUAACCCAAGAAGCACAUUCUGACGCAACAGUUAGAGAACUACUGACUGAAUUUUCUCAAGUGCGAAUAGUUAACUUUGAUAGCAAAUGUUCGAGAGAUGCAGCAUAUGGGCCGGACAGAAUAAUAUGGAUGGCUGUGAUAACUGCUUCUUCAUCCAUUCUGUUUAUCGUGUUCCUAACCUUUUUCAACCAAAUAUAUCUCAAUCCAGAUCAAAAAUCAUCAGAAGCGAAGAAGCCAUCCACGGUGACAGAUCUCUUACUUAUAUGUUCUUUCAUCCUAUCGAUCACUUGCAGCAUCUUAGCGUCUUUAGUCGUGAGAAUGAAAACGCUGAAGAAAGAACCGACACCUUUUUCUGUCAAGCAAGGCACAAAACAUUCAUCUGAAGCAUCUACAGAACCUGAGGAACAUAAAAUUCAUUUCACAGGAAGGCCUAGCUUUCAAGAGAUAUUCGACAAGUAUUCAGAAGAUACAAGGGGAUCCUCUGUGGGGGUCUUUGUGUGUGGAUCAGAAUCAAUGAAGGAGUCUGUGGCUUCUUGCUGCAUGCUAAACUCGCAAGAUUUCAUGAAGUGUGCUGCUCAAAAGAGAAAACCAUUCUUCAGUUUCCACUCUCUCAAUUUUACACUUUAGUCUCAGGCUCAGGCACUUUAUAGUUUAUAUCUUUGUACCUUUUAUUUUAUCAAUGCAAUAUUAGUUACUCAAAAACAAUACCAGUCAAAAUAUUGAUACACAUUUAUAUAGAUUUUCUUGAAAUUUAGAAGUA